AUGUAUUUUCACAACAUAAGUCUUGCAAGUUUGGAGAGAGUUAAGAAAGAAUGGAUAGCUCUGUGCUCAGCCUCCUCCCAGGGUAUCUGCCAACUUGCCAGCAAGUACCGCGGUCGCGACGAUUUUUUACUCCGCUCCAUGUACUGUGGAUUUCCCCUGCCGGGAAAGUCCGUGUUCUUGGAUGAAAAGGUUCAGAAUGAGGCCAUCCUGAUGAAAUUCAUCGCUGCAACGACGCGCAUCCCUGUCCUGCGCGUCAUUGCUCACGGUAGAGCAGAGCAGAAUCCUACCGGUCUCGGCCCUUUCAUUAUCAUGACCUGGGUAGAGGGCGCAAGGAUAGAGGAUGCACUGGAUCAAGACGUCGACCCGCAGACACUGAAGAUCCUGUAUGGAGAAAUGGCAGAGAUUCUGCUAGAGUUGUGGAGCCUGAAUUUCAGUCAUAUUGGCAGCCUUCGCAAGCAUCGCGGACAGGAGACACCAAUCACGACCAGAGUUAAAGGCAGACCGUUGACUCUCGAAGUGAACGAGUUAACUAGAACAUGUGGUUUGGAAGACUGCGCCCCGUCGAGAGUCUAUCACAGCUCGCUGGAGUACAUACAUUCUCUCCUGCGCCUGCAGGACACCCACCUGGACAGACAGCGGAACAGCAUCUACAUGCAAUCGACUCUUUUCUGUGAUGAUCUGUGUCCUGGGAAUGUGCUUGUCGAUGAGUCCCUUCACAUGACGGGCGUCAUCGACUGGGAGUUCUGUUAUGCUGCGCCUGCCCAGCUUGCAGGCAGUAUUCCAUGGUGGUUGCUUCUCGAGCGACCGCAGAACAUCCUUAACAGUCAGGGCCCCGAAGCGUUCUUUCGGUCUUUCUUGCCGCGAGCCAACUCCAGAGGGCUGGGCGUGGAGGAUGAUCGAUUAUCGGUGAGAAUGAGGCAAUCUAUCGACACCAAGAGCGCAUGGUUCUACCUCGCUUGCCGGUCACUGGAUGAGUACUGCUGGGGUAAGAGGUCGUCAGUCGCAGAACGGGUACGCUCCCUCACAACGAACAUUGGACUCCACAAGGACCGCGAGAACUUUGUACGGUCGAAAAAUGUGCAAUCACAGGAUUAUUAUGCCGAACUCGGUAAAGCGACCGACUGGCAGUUACGGGACCCGGUGCAGGAACGGCGGCAAUUAGCGGCCGCCAGUGCCCGUCCCGUCAAGCCUCUUAUUGACUGGGAUGCCACAACGUGCUCCAUGCUGGAGAGCAACUGGGAGGGUGGUUUAAUUGUGAGCUACUUAACUUGUAAGCAACUGAAGAAACGUAUUGGGGGCUGCUGA